AUGCUGGAGACCUACAGGAACCUCACUACUAUAGGAUACAUUUGGGAAGAACAUAACAGUAAAGAACAUUGUCAACAUUCUAGAAGACAUGAAAGGACUGAAAGAAAUAAUUCUGGAAAGAAACGUUCAGUGAUUCCUCAAUGUGUUAAAGCCUUGGCAUAUGACAGUCAUCUUCAGAGGAAUAAAAGAACACAUGAUAUUGAGAAACCCUAUGAAUCUAUUCUGUGUCAUAAAGCCUUUGUUCAUCUCAAUGCUCUUCAAAUGCACAAAAGAACACAUACUGGAGAGAAACCCUUUGUAUGUAAUCAGUGUGGUAAGGCCUUUGCUCACCACAGUGCUCUUCAAAUACAUGAAAGAACACAUACUGGAGAGAAACCAUAUGUAUGUAAUUCGUGUGGUAAGGCCUUUGCACAUCACAGUCAUCUUCAGUUGCAUAAAAGAACACAUACUGGAGAGAAACCCUAUGAAUGUAAUCACUGUGGUAAGGCCUUUGCUUACCGCAGUGCUCUUCAAAUUCAUGAAAGAACACAUACUGGAGAGAAACCCUUUGUAUGUAAUUCGUGUGGUAAGGCCUUUGCACGUCACAGUCAUCUUCAAUUGCAUAAAAGAACACAUACUGGAGAGAAACCAUAUGCAUGUAAUCAGUGUGGUAAGGCCUUUGCUUACCACAGUGCUCUUCAAAUUCAUGAAAGAACACAUACUGGAGAGAAACCCUUUGUAUGUAAUUCGUGUGGUAAGGCCUUUGCACGUCACAGUCAUCUUCAGUUGCAUAAAAGAACACAUACUGGAGAGAAACCAUAUGCAUGUAAUCAGUGUGGUAAGGCCUUUGCACGUCACAGUCAUCUUCAAUUGCAUAAAAGAACACAUACUGGAGAGAAACCAUAUGCAUGUAAUCAGUGUGGUAAGGCCUUUGCACGUCACAGUCAUCUUCAAUUGCAUAAAAAAACACAUACUGGAGAGAAACCAUAUGCAUGUAAUCAGUGUGGUAAGGCCUUUGCUCAACACAGUGCUCUUCAAAUUCAUGAAAGAACACAUACUGGAGAGAAACCAUAUUCAUGUAGUCAGUGUUGUAAGGCCUUUGCUCAACAGAGUAAACUUCAAUUGCAUAAAAGAACACAUACUGGAGAGAAACCGUAUGAAUGUAAUCAGUGUGGUAAGGCCUUUGCACGUCAUGGGCAUCUUCAAAGGCAUAAACGAUCACAUACUGGAUAG